GCGGGCGAGGUGGAGCCGGCUCGGGCUGUAGCUCCGGCGGCCGCGAGGGAGGGGCUGGAGGACGCCGCGGCGCUCUGGGGUUCUCCCCAGACCCGCCCUUCCCCGCAGUCAGACCCCGGUCAAGUGCGCCCUGGGCUGCGCGCGGCGGGAGCACCCGGAACCGCGCAGGCGGCCGCGGUCCCCGCCCCCGCUCGGUCCAAUCUCCGGGCCGCCUCCCGAUGUAGACCCAAUUCGCGCCGCGCCCCAGCCCAGCCCGCAAGCCCCGGGACGCGUUCCGGGGACCCGGCCCCGCUCCCGCCCAUCGGCCCGACUCCACCUGCCGCUCCCCGGCAGCGCCCGGAGACCCCCUAAUUGGCUGCGGGCGCUCCCCGGCUCCGCCCGUCGCCGCAGGGCACUCUGGAAACUGUAGUCCCCCGCGCGCCGCACGCCCGCGAGCCACGGACUAGGCUUUGGCGAGCUUAGUGGACCCUUCGGCGGGACCAUACCGGGUCUGGGAGGCCCACCGUGUCUCGUGGCUCCCAAAAUUUCUGCGGGAGCGAAAGGGGAAGCAGAUUGGUUAGUCGGGAGCGCCCACUGAUUGCUGUCCAAAGACCAAAAAGGCGAACCGGCAUUAAUCAUUGAAUCCGCCCCGUAACGGCCCCGCGCGGCUGCUCUGCUCGCGCCCACUUUUCAGGUGGGGGCGCCCGGCGGGCGAGGGCACUAGCCCCGGGCUGCACAUCCUGCGGGCGGAUCCGGUGCGGAUUGCUCGGCGUGGUGCUGCCUCCUAGCGCGGGAAAUGCUGCGCCCUUGCGGCGGCGGUCAGUCCCUGAAAACCCAGGCUCCCCGGCUCGCUUCCUGCUUCCCAGGGGCUCUGCCCCACCGAGAUCCACCAACCGGCCAGGAUUACAGGGCUAAGAGAGAGCGCUCCGUGGGGACUUACUUAUCACAUGCUUCCUGAUGGAUCUUCAGAUAUAUCUGCAUAUUAGGUUGCCAGAGUCUUCGGCUUAAAGGGCACCAUAAUGAAACUGAAGCAAGGAUCGUUUCUGUGGUACCUCUAUCUGGAUAAACUAUAUUGCUUAUUAUCCGUGAGAAAUGUGAAGGCUUUGGUGGAGUAUUUUCACCUUCUUGAUGUGCACCGCAAGAAAACCUUGAAUGAUGUGCUAUUCUACCACUUCCUUCAUCACGUGACUGACCUGAAACGGAACCAGAUCACAAUUGUGUUUAACAUGCUGGACUGGAAUGCUGUGGGCGAGAUUGGUUUUGACCAGUUCUACAUGUUGGUUUGCAUACUGCUGGCACAGGAGAACCAUUUGGAAGAGCAAUUUAUUUUCCGCCAUUCCCGGCCUAUUUUUGAGCUGCUUGACCUGGAUGGGGAGCUGAAAAUUGGCCCAUCCAACUUCCACAUGUACAACUUUCUCUUCAAAAUUAAAAAACAGCAACUCAGAGACCUGUACCAUGACUUUGACAUCACAGGUGACUGUGAACAGAGGAACAGACCAGCAGCACUCAGGCACUGGUUUAUUUAGCUGACCUGGCUUUACAGAAGUGGAAGUCGGUGCAGUACACUUCCUGGGACCACAUCAGAAACCCUGCUUUCCGUCCACCCCCACCACCCAGAAUGGCAAAGAAAGGAGGUCUUCUUCAGAGACAAGCCUACUGACUCAGGGACAAACUCCCACCUCAGCUAUUUUAGGCCCUUUGCUGCUCUACCUGAAGCAAAAGGGUGACAGCAGCCGAGGAGUGGAUAAAGCUACACUGUGUAACUCCAAAUCAUUUUUGUUUCGUUGAGGAUAGAGAGAGGAAAAGGAUAUAACAUUUAAUUUAUGAUUAGUCAGUCAUCAGAUCCUUUAUUAAGGCCCCAUUUCAUUUCUAAACACAAGUCUGGUAAAAAUCCUCUGUCUCUCAUGUAUGUACAAUUUUCAUGCUUUCGUUCUGAAGCUUUAUGUUCAUGAAUUAAGUUUAUUAAAUGACAAAUUCUUAUAGGGACCUUUAAAGGAAUCAGAAUUCAUGGCUUGCUUUUUUUUAAAUUAAUUUAUUUUAUUUAUUUAUUUUUGGCUGCGUUGGGUCUUCGUUGCUGUGUGCGGGCUUUCUCUAGU